AUGUCCCAGACAGUGGCACUGACCGGCCCCUCGCCCUGGGGCUUCCGGCUGGUGGGGGGCAAGGACUUCAGCACCCCGCUGACCAUCUCCAGGAUUAAUCCUGGGAGUAAGGCAGCCAUGGCUAACCUGUGCCCCGGAGAUAUUAUUCUGGCAAUUAAUGGAGAGAGCACAGAAAAUAUGACUCAUCUAGAAGCACAAAACAAGAUCAAAGCAUGUAUGGACCAGCUGAUGCUAUCUGUGAACAGGGCUGAAGGCAAGACUUGGUCUCCUAAUAUUCUAGAAGAUGGAAAAGCACAAGCUUACCGGAUCAACAUAGAGUCAGAAUCACAGGAUAAUGGGCCCACUCAGAGCCGAAGACCAGUGCCCUACGCUCCCGGAGGGAGCCCCACUGACAACAAACAGAUGUUGAACUUACAGUACAAUAAUCCAACGCGACUCUAUCCAAAUAACAAUGUCGAAUCCAGUUUGCCAGCACAGAUGAGUGGUCUCCAUAUUGCUUCGCCACACAGCGCCGACCCUUUAAAACCUCUCCCGAGAAGCAGAAAUGGGAUUGACAUGGAGUCAGAUGUGUACAAGAUGCUCCAGGAUUAUGAAAAGCCAGCAUCGGAGCCUAAGCAGUCUGGAUCGUUCCGGUAUUUGCAGGGCAUGUUAGAAGCCGGAGAGAAUGGUGAAAAACUCGACCGACUCACUGGCCCAAGAAACAUCAAAUCUCCAGUAUCAAAACUUGGUGGUGCCAUGUCUGGAUUGCAGAUGCUUCCUGAGUGCACCAGAUGUGGAAAUGGGAUCGUAGGGACCAUUGUCAAAGCUCGGGACAAGCUCUACCACCCAGAAUGUUUCAUGUGCAAUGACUGUGGCCUAAACCUGAAGCAGAGGGGAUAUUUCUUCAUCGAGGAGCAGCUGUACUGCGAAACGCACGCAAAGGAAAGGGUUAAGCCCCCCGAAGGAUAUGAUGUUGUCGCUGUUUAUCCAAACGCAAAAGUCGAACUUGUCUAAGUGCAUACUCUAUUCCUGGAGAGGUCAAAAGGCAACUCGCCCACCCACACGCACGCCACUAGUUUUAAAAUAUGUCUGUAAUCAACUCCGAUUACUAGCGUCUCAGUAAAAUGCCUAUUCAGAGAUAAAGCGGUUUACACUAGGGAUCUCAAGGGGAUGGUGUUGAAAGCAUAUGAACAGAUUUUUUCCUUCCUUUUGACGCUCUGCUUUUGGGUUGUUGUGCUGGGGGGUUUUAAAUAAGUUCUGCCAUGGCCUUGUCCAAGUUCUGUGUAAAUACUGAUUAAUGUUCUACUAUGUUUCAUAUAAAACCAGUAUUCUUUUUUUUCUCUUCAUUUUAAAAUGUAAGGAAAACAUUUUAAAAGCUCAAAGGAAAUAAGGCACUUUAACAAGAGAAACUAACUUUUAUUGCAUUGCUUUAGAUCCAUACCUUUCAGUAACACAUUGAGACCAUGUGGAAGCUAUGUUCCUGCAAUGCAGCACGGUGGUGGGGUGGAGAGAGUUUCAGACAAGAUCUGAUAUUAAGCAGAGAUGACUGUCCUGGGCAAAAAUGAUCUUUUUAAAAAGCAGCCACAGUGAAAUUCACUAGUUACAUGACAUGGCAUUGACGUGAUCUACAGACCUGAUCCAGGUUUCAAUCAAAAAGGAUUGUGCACCUACAUUCUGCUAUAACAGUGGUUCUCAAACUUUUGUACUGGUGACCCCUUUCACAUAGCAAGCCUCUGAG